AUGGCUGACAAUCGAUGCGGGAAUUGCUACGAAUGCAUACGCUACCAAGAUCAACUAGACGCCACCCAAGAAGCCGCACACGAACCAACACCCACCGACACAGAGUCCACUGGUAGUCCCCCAGCCAAAAAGGUCGAUCUACAAUGCGCUCGCACGAAAAUAACCCGUGAACCACAAGCAUGGUCUCUAGAUCCAUCAAACGUCCAACCCCAAAACAACUGCCGCCUCUUCACAUCACUUCCUCUGGAAGUCAGAGAGAUAAUCUAUACCUACACUCUCAAAGACACAGCCUCCUAUCCCAUCGACUACCUUCUUCCCAAAGACCAAAUACCAGUCGUCCAGGUCAAAUACCUUGGUCAUGGUCCAAAUGCCAGAAGUUUGGCUGGCGGGAGACCCUUGCAUCCUUGCGAUAUAACGGUAUCACUCCUCCAUACUUGUAAGGCGGUGUAUCUGGAGACGUGGAACAUGCCAUUGAAGGUAAAUGCAUACCGCAUGGGUGCAUCUCGAAAUCUUCAAAGCGCCAGAAUGUCAGCAUGGCAACUAGCACAGAUACGCGGACUGGACAUCACAAUCAAGCAGCGUGAGCUGGAAAACGAGAAGCUGGGGGAUGUGUUGAAAGCGAUGGGAGGUAACGCUAGACACCAGGGCGCAUAUGUGGUGCCUAUGCGCUGUUUCCGUGAUGGAGAAUGGGCGAAGGUAGAGGGGUGCUCACGCACUCUCGACGAGAAUGUUCUUGUACCGGCCACAGUCGACUUACCGAAUACACAACCUCAACGACUAGACGAUAUUCUAAACCGUCUUCCCACUCCCGCGGAAUCCAUGCUACCAUCAUGUCGCAGCCUCCGCGUCACCCUCGCUCAACCCCUAACUCAUCUCACUCUGCGUCUUACACGCACAGACUGGUCAACAUGGAACGUAGCCGUAAACCUCCAUCUCGACCCGUCGUUCGGGCGCUACGACCUCAACGAGGGCCGCCCCUCGGGCAAAGCCAUGCGUCUGCGCGCUGAGCAGCGCAAGGCUGGUCGGCAUCCGCGGCUCAACCCGCAAUCUUGGGGCGCACAUGUCGUUUCUGCGUUGCCUGAUCUGAAGACGCUGGAGUUGGUGCUGGAGACGUUCGAGGCGAGGAAGGAGGAGUUGGAACGCGUUGUACAGUAUGCGAAGAUGUGGAGGUUUGGGUUUGGUGGUGAUGGGGAAGAAGAGGGGAAGGGGAAAGAGUGGGCAUUAGUUUGGGAUGGGGAUGUAGUGGAAAGGCGGUGGAAGAGGGAUUUGGGAGAGACUGUGGUAUCGAGGCGUGAUCGUAGGCUUUUGCGGCCUGGACCUUCGUGCAAUGAUUGUAAUGAUUUUGAGGUGAGGACGCUGCGGUAUGUUAGGACGAGAGUGGAGGUCUAG